ACGUUAGAAACGCGUGGAAAGGGACGGUCGUCUCGGGUUGUUGGCAGCACCGGAGAUGCGCGUCGGCCAGCCGCGGACACGACAAAUGAGUACGUGCGACUCGAGCUCUAUCGAUUUUCGUCCAGCUAACUGCGUCUGUCUUUCGUUUCAUCGCUGCAACCGAACCGUCCGUGAUUUCAGUAUCGAUGCUCCGGGGCGGCCGUGGAAAAAAGAGGGAAAAGAAAGAGAAAAUAAAUACCAUCCGUACACGCCCAUCAGAAGGCGUUUGUUUUCCGUAAUCAUUGUCCCGCGUCCGUUCCCCCAUCAUAUCGAUUGCGAUCCGUUCCUUUGUCAUUGACUAAUUUACCUUCCUCCGUCGCCGUCUGGAUUGAAAACAAUAAUUUAAAUGAUAUUUUAAUAUCGUCGCGGUUACACUAUACCCUCGUGUUUCUUGUCCACCCCGUGCGACAGUACCGCGUUCACACAACAUUGCCCGACCGCUGUUCGUUUUCCUCGUUAUCGCGCUCAUUCGUCGUUUUGCAGUUGUAAUCGCUGAACGGCGCGUGAUUAAAUAAUUGCUAUCCCCAUAGAAAUCCGGACCGUUUUCGUUCGCACAUCUCUCGGUGUCGUUGCUGUUCGUCCGUGUCGUCAUCCGACGGUCGUGCCUAACCAGCCAUGUCUAAUCCGACUAUAGAAGAUGCCGAGAGUGAAGAUCUGUUCGUCACCAAUAGUUGUGGCUUAAUGAAGCUAGCUGUAGAACGUAAAUCAUUCUCGGAAAAAAUUGAACGCUCCGAGUCCACCAUUGGGGAAUGUUUACAACACAUCGUAGCCGAAACUCAAUUGUUCUUCGAGACCAAGAAAGAAUAUGAUAAACAAGUUGUUGAAUCAGAAAAAGACAGGAAAGGCUUGGACGUACUGAAAAUCUUAGCAAAUCGUAUUAACGGAUUGUAUGCACACAUGUUUCGUCUAUAUUCCUAUGACAUUGUACAUAUUAAAAAAUUUAUGUUCUUUCAUACAAAAUUUAAAGAAUUUAUAUCUGAGGAUAAUGACUCGUUUUCUGCACUAAUAUCCAAAAAGCAUAUUGAUCCAAGGGUGUACGUAAUGGCAGCUAGAUAUAUAUACCAUUCAAAAUCGGACAUUUCGGCUGCUAGACGUUACCUCAUGUAUGGCAUUUCUCAUCAUGCGAGUUAUAAGCCGCUGUACAUAUCACAUUUCACGUUUGAAGUUCUGAUGAUGAAAAAAACUAAUGGCGAUUCACUUUCAAUCGUAUUAAAAAAAUACAAAGAAUAUUUCGAACUUUUCAAGAACGAUUUGAAAUUUCUCUUAAAAUUAUUUGAUAAAGCGUUUCAUGAUAGUAAAGUUUAUGAAUUGCAAACUAUAAUGAUCAAGGAUAUGAUAGAGAAAUACUCAGAAAAUGUAUUAAUGUGGAAACAAUUAUCAAAAAUCAACUAUAGCGGAUUUAUCUAUGGAUAUGAUACGGGAAAACUUGAGUAUGAUGCACAUUGUAGACGUAGAAUGCAGAACAGUUUUGAUGCAUUCGAAAACGGAAUACAAGCAAAUGAAAGCCCCGAAAAACAAAAAGUUUUAUGGAAAUUAUACGCUCAGCAUAUCAUAGGAAUUAGGAAUCGUAUAGGUAUUGCAAAUGAAACAAUUGAAGCUUUUUUGAUUGAAAAUAUGAAACGAGUGUUUCAACAUGCACAUGAUAUUCAUGCGCUGCCCAAAGAAUUUUAUGUUCAUUGGGCGGAAUUUUCAAUCAAGGAACAUGACCCAGUGGUAGUCAAGAGAGCAAUUGAAAUGAACAAAAGUUGUAUAAAAAUUUGGUUUCAAAUAUUGGGAUUUUAUUUGAAUCUUAAUUCAUUUGAUAUGGCGUACAGAGUUUUAAAUGAUGGUGUUCAAGCAUUGGAAGUUAACUCUUUGUGCUUAUGGAAUUUGAUGAGCUUUAUUAUAAAAAGAACAAAAGAUAAAAAAUUGAUUGACGAAUUUUACAAUAAAGCCAUAGUUUGUCAGUAUGAACAAAUUCGCACUGAAUAUAAAGUUCAAUAUUUGAAAUGGUAUGAAAAUACCCAGGGUAGAAUUGCUACUCGUAAACUGUUUAAAGCAUUGAAGGAUACUAUAGAAGAUAAUCCCGAGUUAUACAAAUCUAUGAUUUCUUUUGAAAAGCAUCAAAGUCCUAAGAAUAACUCAUUUAUCAAUAAUUUGUAUGUGGAAAUGUGUUUUAAAUACUCUCGAUAUGAUAUUGGACUAUGGAUGGAUGCUAUUGCAUUUAAUUAUUCUGAGGGUCAUUACAAAGAGGCAGUAGAAGUUUUCCAAUCUGCUUCUUCAGUAUUGGACCAAGUUUUGAUAAGUGACUUGAAAAUGAAAUUUGAAAGACUUAAGCUAGGAACAAAGGUAAAAGUAACAUAUCCAGAUGGAACCGUUCACUAUUUUGGACCUAAAGACGACUAGUUUGAUAAUAUGUAACUAACUUAUAAAAGAAUGGUUAUCAUUAAUUAAACUGAUUCAACACAUUAUUUAUAAAUAUAUGUUUAAUCCCAUAUGAACAGAUCUUGUACUUAUGUAGUAAAACAUUAAGAGGUGAUAACAGCAUUCCAAUGUGUAUACAUCACCUGCUUGGUAUAUCAAAAUUAUCUACUUUUUAGAGGUGUUAUUUUAAUCUUUAAUUUCACUACAUAUUUUAUGGUA